AUGACUGCAAAAUCAGCACCCAUUCUUGAAAAACCUCCAAACGCUCUCAGUGAUUCAUCAGAAAUCUCUCAAAACCUUCUCAAUUUUGGAAACCAGAGCUCUACAAGCACUUAUUCAUCUCCAAAUCACCAGGAGAACCAAUCCAAGGCCAGCUUUGCCCCUGAAUUCAUUAAAUAUUUCACAAUACCAGAACAGCAUUAUAGGUGGCAAAUAGAUCUAAAUUUAUUAACUCAGCAAGAAAAUGAAAAAAAUAUUUAUCACAGCCUAAAAGGUAAAAUUGCAGCCUUCAUGUCUAUUGCUGAACCAAAAACCCUUAAUGAUGCUAUUGAGAAUGCUAGAAAAUAG